AUGGACGUCAAGAAUGCUUUCUUGCAUGGUCAUCUCCAUGAAACAGUCUAUAUGCAUCAACCCAUGGGUUUUCGCAACAAAACAUAUCCUGAUCAUGUUUGUCUGCUAAAGAAAUCUUUGUAUGGCUUAAAACAGGCUCCCCGAGCUUGGUACCAAAGAUUUGCUGAUUUUGUUGCUACUAUUGGUUUUUCUCACAGUAAGUCAGAUCACUCUUUGUUCAUCUACAACAAUGGUUCUGAUAUUGCUUAUCUUCUGUUAUAUGUGGAUGACAUUAUACUUACAGCUUCAUCUGACCACUUUCGGAAAAAUAUUAUGACUCUCUUGGCUUCUGAAUUUGCUAUGAAGGAUUUAGGUCCUUUGAGUUUCUUUUUGGGUGUUGCCGUCACUCACAGUGCCCAUGGUCUUUUCCUCUCUCAGUCCCAAUAUGCUGCUAAGAUUAUUGAACGUGCAGGGAUGUCUAAUUGCAGUCCAUGUCCUACUCCUGUUGAUACUAAGUCUAAACUUAGUGCUACCACCGGUACUCCUUAUGAUGAUCCAACUACAUAUCGUAGUCUUGCAGGUGCUCUUCAGUAUCUCACCUUUACUCGGCCAGACAUUUCCUAUGCUGUGCAGCAGAUCUGCCUUCAUAUGCAUGCUCCGACUCAUGAGCAUAUGCGUGCUCUUAAGCGUAUCAUACGCUACAUUCAGGGCACUCUUUCCUUUGGUCUUCAAAUGUGGAAGUCUACCAUUUCUCGUAUUAUCUCAUAUACAGAUGCAGAUUGGGGAGGUUGUCCUGACACUCGUCGAUCUACCUCUGGCUAUUGUGUGUUCCUUGGAGAUAAUUUGAUUUCUUGGUCUUCCAAACGGCAACUUACUCUUUCUCGUAGUAGUGCUGAAGCUGAAUACAGAGGAGUUGCUAAUGUUGUUUCUGACACUUGUUGGCUCCGCAAUUUGCUUCUAGAGCUCCAUUGUCCUGUUCAGAAAGCUACUCUUGUUUAUUGUGACAAUGUGAGUGCUAUCUACUUAUCCGGCAAUCCUGUAAAACAUCAACGCACUAAACACAUUGAGAUGGAUAUUCACUUCGUUCGUGAGAAAGUUGCUCGUGGCGAAGUACGUGUGCUUCAUGUCCCGUCCCGUUACCAAAUUGCUGAUAUUUUUACAAAAGGGCUUCCGCGCAUCUUAUUUGAUGAUUUUAGGGACAGUCUCAGCAUACGUGACCCUCCCGCUUCGACUGAGGGGGUGUGUUAG